GAGCUUUGCCAUGUAAUGAGCUGAUGGACUCUAUAGACUAUUAUGUUCGAAACACCUUCCGAAGCAUGCCAGAGCGUGGCAAAUAAUUAAUAACCGUUUUUCUUGAAAAACUAUGAUUUCAUUCAACAUUCAAGUUUUACGUUUCUGUUGGUGAAGUAUGUAAUGUGAUCGUUUAGGAUAGCAUGUAUGUCCUAAAGGAAUUAAGUUGAUUUGAACAUAAAACGAAUGGGAAACUGCGAGAUGAGAUGAGGGAUUUCCGAGCACAAAUAAAGAGAUUAAAAAAAGUAUUUUAAAGACGUAGGAGGUCUUUGAGGAGGGGGAGGCUGGAAAUUUCUCCUGUUGUGCAGAACAGUCUGGGACGGCUUCCUGCCGCCUAUUGCUCCACUUUUUUUUCUUCAACUUUCCAAGUACAGUUUUCAGCGAGGACGAACUAUUUGGCCACGAAGCAGUGACCCUGGAAACUGGGACACGGGAUUAAUGCUGAGUCGAGGGGAAGAACUAGAAAAAAGAUGUUCGUGUAGCUUCAAGGAAAGAAGACGGAAGCAGCUUUACAAAAAGAUGUUUCGGAAAAAAGCAUCUUCAUCCUUGAGAGUGACAAGGAUAACGGGAAGCUCAACAUACAGGGGACGUAGUUUGUCCUUCCAUGAGGUUCGUUGCCAGCGUGAGAUGGAGAUGAGGGCCGGAACUGAAGAGCCAUCAAAUAGCAGUGUAUCAGGUGGUGGCAGUACAGUCCUUCAGCGGCUCCUUCAGGAGCAGAUGAAUCGAAACUAUGUGCUGCAACAACAGCAACAGUCUGGAGGAGGGGGGGUUGGAGUAGCAACAGGAGGUGGAGGUGGAGGUGGAGGUGGCUAUUCAGUACAUGGACAGGUAAGCCCCUCUGAUGAUCAUUCUGUAAGCGCUCACAUUGCAAGACAAGAGCCCCAGGGACAGGAGCUUCAGACGGACAGUGGCCUGGAGAAGGUUGGUGUCAUCAGAGUUGGUGGGCAUGGUGGGGGCAGUGGAGGUGGGGGAUGUGUGGGCUCUUGUGGAGAAGCAUCCAGUGGCGGGGGCAGUGGAGUUGGUGGCAUCACCCAAGGACAGUGCCCUAACCUAGAAGAUCUCCCUACAUACGAGGAAGCCAAAGUACAGUCACAGUACUUCCGCGGCCAUGGUUCUCCUCCUCAGGCUCAGCAGCAGCAGCAGCAGCAGCAGAAUAGCCAGACCCAGCAGCCUUCACUGCCUGCCUCUUUAGGUGCUGCUUUCUACGUUACUGGCCUGACCAGCACCAAAGUUCGCACUGAGGGUCGCCCAACACUACAGCGUGUAAGUGGUACCGGGAAGGUGCACCAAGAUGAUGGACUAAAAGAUCUAAAGCAAGGACACGUCCGGUCUCUCAGUGAACGACUUAUGCAACUUUCUUUAGCCACCAGUGGUGUGAAAGCCCAUGCUCCUAUAAGCAGCACCCCCCUUUCCCCACAGCUACCCCCAUCAUGCCAGCCUGGAGACUACUAUAAGCCACAGCAUCGCGGCCCACCACCAGACUACCCUUUUAAAGGAAUAUGUUCUCCUGGCAGUCAUCCGGAAUCUGGAGGCCACUUUUAUCUGGAGCCAAGAGUAAGGGAUCACUCCAGAGAGGUUCCAACUGUUCGAUAUCAGCCCCCUCCUGAAUAUGGCUCUUUCAGAUCCACUAAGGAGGUCUCAGUUCACUACCAGAGGCCCUUCAACCAGCACAGUCCCAGCUCCUCUGUCACCUCUGUUGGAUCCUUGUCUCGUGCACAAUCCUCUACUCUGAGCAGCAUGCUCUCUGCCGCUUCUCACUCCUCUCAUCCAUCAAUUCCUCACCAGACACCUCCAAGCCAAGGAGAGCCAUACCCAAUUAUGGGACCCCGUGUUCCACAUGGUUCAGGCUCCCAUCAAGUGGCAGAGCCUUUCCCCACAGGACCUAUUCAUCAGACAACGCAGAGGGGUCAUGCUUUUCUUUCUGAUUCUUAUGGCUCCACUCCAAGGUUGCACAAUCAUCAGCAACAUCAACAAAAUCAAUGUCAACAGCAGCAACUCCAGGUUCCUUCCCAUCCCCAGUUGUCUAUGCAGGCAGGACAUGUUCCCCAGCAGCAGUCCUUCAUACAGCUACAGGGAGAGCCUUUUGCAGUGGUGGCCCGUGCCCAGCAGAUGGUGGAUGUGAUGACUGAGGAGAACAGAAUUCUAAGACAGGAGAUGGAGGUUUGUCGUGAGAAGGUCACCAGGUUACACAAGUUGGAAACAGAGAUACAGCUAGUGUCAGAGGCCUAUGAAAAUCUUGCCAAGUCUUCCUCUAAGAGAGAAGCAUUGGAGAAAACUAUGAGGAGCAAGUUGGAGCUACAGGUGCGCCGACUUCAUGACUUCAACAGAGACCUGCGAGAGCGCAUGGAGACUGCUAAUAAACAGCUCGCCUCUAAAGAGUGUGACAGCUCUGAAGACAAUCGGAAAACCAUCUCCCAGUUGGUUGCUCAGAGUGAGUGA